AUGCAGUCUGUCAUUCUAGCCCUCGACAUUGAUGAUAUCCUGGCUUUCCUCCUCCUCCCAAUUCUGGGGCUGGGUUACCUCUGCGGUCAUAGAUAUUGGUACAAAGCCAAUCCGCUCGAGGAGCAGCUAUUCGAACGUCGGCAGCAAACGGUUCUGGGCCGAAAGCGACAGGCCAGGGAGGAGAAUGCAGACAUUAGCCUACGCAUGAAAAAAGAAGAAUACGACAUCGUUGUGCUUUGGGGCUCCCAGACAAGCACUGCCGAAGGCCUCGCCCAUACACUCGCGCGGACUCUCCGGCAGCGUCUACGAUUACAUGCUGGCGUACUAGACCUAGCCGAGAUUUCUCCAAAAUCAAUCACUUCCAUACCAUCUGACAGACCCGUGGUGUUCUUGUUGUCGACGUAUGGUGAGGGCGAUCCAACCGACAAUGCGGUGGCGUUCUGUCGAUGGUUGUCACAGUCACAGACCACACUGAGGGAUCUUCAUUAUGCCGCGUUUGGCCUGGGGAGCAGCGCCUACCAACACUUCAAUCGUACCGUCGCAUGGGUAUCAGAGUCCCUCGCAGACAAGGGAGCGAUACGUAUUGGUAGUGUUGGAUAUGGGGAUGCGGCCAAUGGCUCGACUGAAGAAACAUUUCUUCGCUGGCAAGAUGAGACCGUCGAUGCUUUGCGGGCACAGUUUGCCUAUCAGGAGCACCCAGUAAUAUAUGAGCCUUCAUUUCUCCUCUCCCCAGUCGAGCAGCCAGAACCUACUUGUACUGCCUUGGGAGAACCCUACUAUGUGAGGUCAAGGACCGGCAUGGGCCUGCAGCGGCUGCCCAGCUCUGCUCCUUUCGAAUUGAGAUUCACCAAUAGUCGAAUUUUGAACCCACAGUCACGGAAGCCCUGUCUGCAACUGGAGAUCGACAUUUCCCAUCAUCGGAAUCUGAAGUAUGCCACUGGAGAUCAUCUACUACUGUGGCCAUCAAAUCCAGACGCCGAGGUAGAGCGCCUUUUGCGGUUGAUUGGCCGUCAGGAGGAACCCGCGAAAAAGCAGGUCUUUCAGAUCAACCCUGCCUCUGAGAAUGGAAAAUUAGAAACACUGCUUCCAAACCCUUGUUCCCUCGAGAGCCUACUCAGAUUCUAUCUCGCGAUCUGUGCACCUGUUUCGAAACAGGUGAUCCAGGCGCUUGCUCAGGUGGCUCCAACUACUCCGAUCCGCGACGCAGUUGAAGUUAUGAGAAACGGUGCAGGGGUUCCCCUGAGGAUAAAGGACAGUGCUCACCUAACAAUAACUGAUAUCCUGGAGUACUUUGCUCGCGAACACAGCGCUGACCACUCCACGUGGCAUACAAUUCCUUUAUCAUGGUUGCUGGAAAAUAUUCCACGUCUUCGACCGCGAGCCUACUCCAUUUCUUCCUCGGCGGCAAUGUCUCCUCGAGCAAUAUCCUUGGCCAUUACGCUACUAGACCAAGAGCAUAGCUCCAAAAACCGUGAAGCGUGGAGGUACGGUCUGACAACUGACUUUGUCACCACGCUGCAUCGCAGUCUGCAUACUGUGGACGGUGCGCACCCCACGAUCCCCGAAUACAGACCCCUUGUGCCUUCCAAAGAUGGGGUCCAGGGAAGGCUUUAUGGUCAGCUCCAGCGAUCAAAAUUUAAACUACCUGCCACGCCUACUGUGCCCAUCAUGAUGGUGGCAGCAGGUGUGGGGAUUGCACCCUUUCGCGCGUUCGUACAGGAAAGAAGGCAGACAGCUUUGGUUGGAAGGGAGGUCGGGGAGACGACCUUAUUCUACGGUUGUCGCGGACCGGAUGACCUCCUUUUUCGCGAUGAGUGGGAUCAAUCGCUUGCGGUGCCAGGGUUUUCCUUACGAAUGAUCCCUGCCUAUUCGCGGCAUCCGGCCCCAGAUUGCGACAAAAUGUAUGUACAGGAUGCGAUCCGAAACCACAAACAAGACAUACUUCAGCAUCUCCUGUCAGAUGGAAACCCUUUGUAUGUAUGUGGGUCUACAGCAAUGGCACAAGGGGUAUUGACGGCCGUUGUGGAAAUGAUCAUGGAGAGCACGGGGUGGGAUGAAUCCCGUGUUCGAAGCUGGAUCCAAACUCGGAAGCGGAGAGGAAUAUGGCAAGAAGAUGUUUGGGGGUAA